AAUGAGUUGGGCUUUUCUUUUGAAAAAAAAAUAAAAAAAAAAUUCUGGAACUAUAUUCGUUGAACCGUUUCUCUUUACAGCUCCUCAGGGCUAAGCCAGAUCAGGGAUCUCACGAGCUAGUUUUCUUUUAGUAGAUUAAGAGUUUCGAAGAUUUCAAUUGGUAAGUGUAUACUUGAAUUUCCUUGAAAAAAUGGGGGUAAUGUCAAGACGGGUUGUGCCCGCCUGCGGUAACCUCUGUUUCUUCUGCCCUUCGAUGCGUGCAAGAUCAAGACAGCCUGUUAAAAGAUACAAGAAGUUGCUAGCCGAAAUUUUCCCCCGUAAUCAGGAUGCUGAGCCGAAUGAUAGGAAAAUCGCGAAGCUCUGUGAAUAUGCUUCAAGGAACCCAUUAAGAAUACCGGAGAUUACAAGUAAUCUAGAGCAAAGAUGCUUCAAGGAUUUACGGAAUGAGAACUUUGGAUGUGUGAAAGCCGUAUUGUGCAUUUAUAGGAAACUGCUAUCAUCCUGUAAGGAGCAGAUGCCACUUUUUGCUUGCAGUUUAUUAGGGAUCAUUCGAACUCUUUUGGAGCAAACUCGACAGGAUGAAAUGCGAAUUUUGGGUUGCAAUGCUCUUGUAGAUUUCAUAAAUUGUCAGAUGGAUGGCACACAUAUGUUCCAAUUAGAGGGCCUUAUUCCUAAACUUUGUCAACUGGCUGAAGAAGAUGGAGAUGAUAACAGAUCUUUGUGUUUACGUUCAGCAGGAUUGCAAGUUCUGGCUUCCAUGGUCUUCUUCAUGGGCGAACACUCUCAUAUAUCAAUGGACUUUGAUAGUAUCAUAUCAGUAACCUUGGAGAACUACAUGGAUUUCCAAAUGUCCUCUGCUGACAGAAGUAAAGUGGGUGAAAAUGGUUUGUCCGUCCCGGAUAUCAAUGAGAAGGCAUUGUCUGUACCAAACCUUCUAAUUAACUCAGAAUUUGAGCCAACCGCUGAUACUUCCAAAAGUCCCUCUUACUGGUCAAGGAUUAUCUUGCGUAAUAUAGCCAGAUUGGCAAAAGAAGCAACAACUAUCCGGCGUGUUCUUGAACCUCUUUUCCAUAAUUUUGAUGCUGAAAAUCACUGGUCCCAUGAGAAGGGAGUUGCUUUUACUCUUCUAAUGUACUUGCAGCUUCUAAUGGAAGAAACAGGACAAAAGUCUGACCAACUCUUGGCCAUCUUGGUGAAGCACAUGGAGCAUAAGAAUGUAGCCAAGCAACCUCACAUACAAGUUAACAUUGUAAAUGUCAUAAAUCAACUUACAAAAAAUGCAAAGCUUCAGCCCUCAACGGCAGUCAUCGGUACAAUAGCAGACUUGGUGAAGCAUUUACGAAAGUGCCUACAAAAUUCAGCUGAAUUAUCAUCUUCUAGGGGUGAUAAUGAUAAAUAUAACACUGAUCUUCUGUUGGGCUUAGAAAAGUGUAUUUCAGAGCUCUCAAAUAAGGUUGGGGAUGUGGGACCAAUUCUUGAUAUGAUGGCUGUGGUACUAGAGAACAUUUCGACCAACAGUAUUGUUGCAAGAACAACAAUUUCUGCUGUUCAACGAACGGCAGAAAUCAUCUCUUCCAUCCCUAACAUAUCAUAUCACAAGAAGACCUUCCCUGAUGCUCUUUUUCACCAGUUGCUCCUUGCAAUGUCCCAUCCAGACCAUGAAACUCGAGUUGGGGCACACAAAAUUUUCUCCAUUGUGCUUAUGCCAGCCUUGCUUUCACCUUUGUCAGAUCAAAAUAAAAAAACUUCUGAGGUUGUUUCUUAUGACUUAUCGGUUAGUGCAACUGUGAAGCAGCUGACUUCCCUUCGCUUAAGCAGCCAUCAAGUGAGUCUUCUUCUUUCAUCAAUAUGGGUCCAGGCAACUUCCACUGAUAAUACUCCUGCAAAUUUUGAGGCUAUGGCCCAUUCAUUCUAUCUUGCAAUAUUGUUUACCCGAUCCAAGACCUCCAGUCAUAUGGCACUAGUUCGGAGUUUUCAGUUGGCAUUCUCCCUGAGGAGUAUCUCUCUGGAUCAAGAAGGAGUUUUGCAACCAUCUCGCAGAAGGUCUCUCUUUACCUUGUCAUCCUACAUGAUUAUUUUCUCAGCCAGGGCAGGCAAUAUUCCAGAAUUAAUACCUAUUGUUAAAGCAUCUCUGACAGAUCAAACAGUUGAUCCUUAUCUCAAAUUAGUUGAGGAUAUGAGACUCCAGGCUGUGCAUGUGAAGUCUGAUGUGGACGGUGUAGCAUAUGGGUCACAGGAAGAUGAUGCUGCUGCAUCAAAAACUUUCUUGGCAAUAGAGCUAGAUGAUCUUCAUUUGAAGGAGACAGUCAUUUCUCAUUUCAUGACUAAAUUUGACAAAUUUUAUGAGGACGAUUUAUCAAGUAUUAAGAAACAGAUUCUUGAGGGCUUUUCACCAGAUGAUGCAUACCCAUUUGGUGCUCCAUUGUUUAUGGAGACACCACGACCAUGUUCUCCUCUUGCACAAAUGGAGUUUCAUCCAUUCGAAGAGAUUUUGCCUCUAGCCACAAUAACAGAUGAUGAAGCCUUCCCUGAAGCCAAUGGAAGUCAGUUGGAUCGCAAAGCAUCUGUAUCUCUCAGUACACUUGAUGUUUUAAGUGUCAAUGAACUUUUGGAUUCGGUUCUGGAAACAGCACGACAAGUUGCAAGCUUUUCGGUUUCGGCCACACCCAUUCCCUAUGACCAGAUGAGGAGUCAGUGUGAAGCUCUUGUAAUCGGCAAACAGCAGAAGAUGUCAGUGCUUCAUAGCUUCAAGCACCAACAGGAUGGCAAGGCAACCCUGGAGGAAAAUAAAAAUGAGGUCCUCUGUUUACCGAAUUUGGAAGUAGAGCUUUAUGAAGAUCUGAAGGUAAUUGGGAAGGAGCAAGCUCAUGGAAGGGGACAACUUGCCCUUUGUGCACUAGAAUACGGACAACAUUCUUUCAAAUUACCGCCAUCAAGUCCUUAUGACAAGUUCUUGAAAGCAGCUGGAUGCUAAAGAGGAAAUGAAGUUGACAACGGAAGUUGGAAAGCU